AUGUGUCACGACGUUCCCCUCUCUCUUUUGUCUGUAUACAUCACAGGCGGCCUUGCCGAUUACCUGGGACCUAUCAACCCAGCACCCGCCGACCUGACGAGCGGUGAAAGCCAUGCGGCCUCAAGCUGGGCGAAUCUUGCAUCCGCUUUUGAUGAGUCUUUGAAGAAUGCCGGCGGAACAUCGGGUGUUCUUGCAGGGCUGGAGAACCUCACAUUUUCCGCUGGCGUGUUUUCGCUCCAUGACCCGGCCGCUACAAACCUGCAAUACCACUACACGUCCCCGGAAAUCGCGAAUGCACCGUCGGGCACCGGGAAUGUUGAUGCAAAUAGCAUCUACCGCAUCGCCAGUGUGUCCAAGCUCAUCACCGUGUUCGCGGGCUUGCUGGAAUUGAGCAACGAAGACUGGAACCGUCCCCUCAUCGACAUCGUCCCUGGAUUGGAAGAAGCAGUGCAUCAAUACAAGGGGGAGAGGGAAGCUGUUUACAACGCUCAAUGGGACAAGAUCACUCCGUGGGCCCUCGCGUCCCAGAUGAGUGGUGUGACAACACUUGGGAUUGUAGGUACUGAUCUUCUCGCUGAGUAUCUAGUUGCUCUGGCACUUGGUCUGCCUGCUACGGACCCCGUUGGUGAAGAGGGCUUCCCACCCGUCGACGCCAGUAAGUUGGGGCCUUGUUGGAGCUUCGAGAAUGCUUUCUGCGAUCCCUAUGAUCUUGCUCAGGAGAUAAAUGACCAGCAGCCCAUUUUCCUGCCGUGGGCUACCCCAAGCUACUCCGACGCCGGUUUCAUGCUGCUGGGAAUGGCUAUAGCCAACAUCACCGGCAAACCCCUGGAUGCCGUCUACCAGGAAUCCGUCUUCGACCCUCUCGGAAUGACUUCCUCCUAUUCCAAUCAUCCCACCGGCGAGGCUGAAGUCGCUCGCUCUGUUAUCUCCGGCGACCCGGACGCGGGUUUCGCUCUGGAUGGCGGCUCUACCACCCCAUCUGGUGGUCUCCUCUCCACCAUCAACGACCUCACCAAACUCGGAAUUGGCAUUCUUAACUCGACUCUAUACCCCUCGGAUUUCACUCGCAAGUGGAUGAAACCUAUUACCCACACCGCAAGUCUGUCCUACUCCGUCGGUACCCCCUGGGAGAUCAUCCGCUACGCCCACCCGUCCACGGGCAAGGUCACAGACAUCUACACUAAACUCGGCGACUCAGGGAAUUACGGUGGCGCUCUCGUCCUCAUCCCCGACUAUGAUGCGGGUUUCUGCUUCCUCAAUGCUAACAGCGACAUGGCCUUCCGGAGUACCGCGGCGUUAGUCGUCCUUGACCAUAUCACAGACACUAUCGUCCCGGCCCUCGAGGCUCAAGCCACCGCGGAAGCUAUGCGCAAUUUCGUCGGCACCUACGUCUCGACUGAUCCUAAUCUGGAUUCAUCGAUUACGAUCUCCUUCAAUGAAUCUACUGUCCCGCGCGCUGCGCCGACUCUCAGUCUCUCCUCCUGGAUCUCCAAUGGCACGGAUGUCCUCGCUUCACCCCUCUACGAUGGCGACAGGCCACAGCUGUUGCUGAGUAUACCCAAUCAAUUUGUCGGUGCUGGGAAAGUGGCGUUCCGAUUGUCUCUGAAUACACAAUACAACAUCUAUACGGCUGCGAGUGGCUCGGGCGUGGGGCCGUUUUCGGGUGAAUACUACACGAACUUUGGCUGGUUUUCUACUGAUAAUAUGCACUAUGCGGGGAAUGCAGGUAAUCUGUUUGUGUUCGAUAUUGAUGAGAGCGGGAGGGCUACUGCUGUUAACCCGGUAGGUAUGAAGGUGACUCUGGAGAGACAGGGGUAA